GCAGUUUUUAUUUGUUUGUCGUCGAGUUUGCUCCGUGCUCCGGUCGCUCGUUUGGAAAAAAGGAAAAAGGGGGCGGAAAUAGGUUUAAUUAAAUAUUUUGAGUGCCUCGGCUAACGCAGCAAUUAAGUGAAUGUGCCAAACGUGAGAGUGAAAACAAGCCGUCGUCACUCAACAAAGGCUUUCUGGGAGCGUCCUGCGAUUGAGAAACGCGUGAGGAAUUGUGCAAAAAAUCAAUUCUUCGCAGCAAACUAGGCAAGAAUUCUUAGGAUCCCAGAUCUGAAGACAUUCUUUAUGUUGUCUGCUAGUUUUAUGACGCAAACUCGAAAAUAGCAAAACUCUUUGCAUAGGCUCUUGACGAUUUAGCCAUGUUUACGUAUGCCAAAAAGCCAACGUUUUGCAGUUAUCUCGAAAAUGUAAGGAAGAGACGAGGUGGAUUUCCCAGCUGAAGAAACGCAACCAAAGAAGCUGCCAGUCCUCAUAAUCGGCUUUUUGCCACCCCUCAGGCUGAAGUUCCUGAGUUCCUUCCAUCCUCAUACCAGUAAACUAAAAACAAAAGCCAAAUGACUGCCAACAGUCUACUUGGGAGGUCCAUACUCAAUGAAGGACGCUCGAAUAAGCGCUCUUUCGUGUCCCUUAUUGUGGGCCUGAUCGUGGGCUUCUGCCUGGCGGAGCUGUUUGUGUACUCCUCGACGCCGGAACGAAGUGAAUUCAUGCCGUACGAUGGCCACCGGCACGGCGAUGUCAACGACGCCCAUCACAGCCACGACAUGAUGGAGGUCUCUGGGCCGGAACAGGAUGUUGGCGGACACGAGCACGUCCACGAGAACUCGACCAUUGCGGAGCGACUGUACAGUGAGGUGCGAGUGCUCUGCUGGAUCAUGACCAAUCCGAGCAACCACCAGAAGAAGGCCCGACAUGUGAAGCGCACCUGGGGCAAGCGGUGCAACAAGCUGAUCUUCAUGAGCUCGGAAAAAGACGAGGAACUGGACGCAGUGGCUCUGCCGGUGGGCGAGGGGCGAAACAACCUGUGGGGCAAGACAAAGGAGGCCUUCAAGUAUAUCUACGAGCACCACAUCAACGACGCCGAUUGGUUUCUGAAGGCCGACGACGACACCUACACGAUAGUGGAGAACAUGCGGUACAUGCUGUAUCCCUACAAUCCGGAGACCCCGGUCUAUUUUGGCUGCAAGUUCAAGCCGUACGUGAAACAGGGCUACAUGUCCGGCGGUGCCGGAUACGUCCUCAGCCGGGAGGCAGUCCGUCGGUUUGUUGUCGAAGCCCUGCCCAAUCCAAAGCUGUGCAAGGAGGAUAACACAGGUGCCGAGGACGUUGAGAUCGGCAAGUGUCUGCAGAAUGUAAAAGUUCUGGCGGGGGAUUCCCGGGACUCCAACGGACGAGGUCGCUUCUUUCCGUUUGUUCCAGAGCACCAUCUGAUUCCAUCGCACACGGACAAGAAGUUCUGGUACUGGCAGUACAUCUUCUACAAAACCGAUGAGGGUCUUGACUGCUGCUCGGAUAAUGCCAUAUCAUUCCAUUACGUCUCUCCUAAUCAAAUGUACGUGCUGGACUAUCUGAUCUAUCAUCUGAGACCCUACGGUAUUAUAAACACACCCGAGGCAUUGCCCAAUAAGCUAACCGUGGGCGAGCUGAUGCCGGUGAUCAAGGAACAACCAACGGAAAGCACGAGUGACGGGGUCUCCAAGAGGUCCGCCGAUACAAAGACGCAAUAAUAGGGACAGACGGAUAGACUCUUAAUGUAUAUAGAUAGCUUUUGUAUAUAUUUAAAGAUAAUUUUGUAACCCCACAUGAUGAGUCACUAUAAGCUGUGCUAGCAUUGCCAUUACCAA